UUUGUCUCAGAACAGCAAUAGACCACUACUCUCCUGUCAUAUCCAAACUGAAAGAAAGAUAAAUCAUUGCUUCAUCCAUACUCUUUCCUCAACCAUAAAGGUUCAAAUAUGAUGAAAGUGAAAGCAUUAGGUCCCUUCAAAUGCAAGCUUGUCAAUCCAUGCAACAAAAUACUUAGGCUUUUCAAGUUCAGACUCAGAAAGCCCCUCUUUAUAAGUAGACUUAGGUUUCGUCGUUCAGUACACGAAACUGAUAAAAGGAACCGAUCUUCACAGAUAAUUCUGUCAGUUUUUCGUUCUCUAAGAAGAAGAGGGAGAGAGCCAGAAGAGGACCAAGUCAUGGAGCUCAAGAGUUUCUCAGAAGUAGAACAUCACAAAGCACCCUUUCCCUCACCCCUCACCCCAGCUUACGUUAGAUUGAGUACAGCCACUAAAAAAGAAGCGGAUGAUGUAGAAGAUGCAUGCAGAAGCUUUGAGAAUUAUCUGGUGGAAAUGAUUGUGGAAGAAGGAAAAAUGAGGGACUUGGCGGAUGUGGAAGAAUUGUUAUACUGUUGGAAAAAUCUCAAAAGCCCCGUCUUCAUUGACCUUGUGUGCAGAUUCUACGGAGAGCUAUGCAGGGAUUUGUUUUCGAAUAGCUAUGAGGACGACAUUAACAUUCUAAAGUGACUUAUAAUGAAAUUGCUUUAUCUUAUCGUUUGAGCACAACUUAUGUCUUUACAGCCCUUUAUAUGUAUGUAUUUGCAGAUCUGAAACAGCAAUAGCAAAAAGCAGCAAGCCCAACAAGCAGGGGAUUUAAAAUGUUCAUCGCAUACAGUAUUUCAAUCACAUUUAUGACCAUCACUACACCUUUUCCUCAAAACAGCCCCCACAGCUAAUUACUAACAACAAAAAACCCAAUGUAAUCUCAUAAGUGGGGUCUGGGGAGAAUAGUGUGUACGUAGACCU